AUGGCGGGCGUCGGUCACAGCACUCUGCUCAAGUUCCUCCACACAUCCGAAAUCACGAUGUCGGAACAACCAACCGAUUCACCAAUAGAGUCUCAAGUGCCGCUGCAACAGCUCUUGAGAACAGCUAACGCAAACACUGAUACCAGUGAUGUAAGGGAUGACAAACAUGCAGAAAACUCUAAAAAACCACAAAUAGAAGAAACAAAGUUCACUACGAACGAUUUAACAGAUAAAACCAAAGAAGGGAUAGACAUCGUACCUGAGAGAUCACUAAACGUCAGCAAAAAUGAUAAUUUAUCAGCAGAUAAAUACAAAACACCAGUUGUAGAUGCAGUCAGAGAUAAAGAAAACAAAGAUAUUUUAAUCGAAUACAUCAAAUCACUUGACAAAAACCCAGAAGAUAAUUUACUAACAUUUGAGAACAAAGAAAAAGAUGAAGUAGAUACAGAAGUAGCUAAAAAAAAUGAAGAUAUUACAAAAUCAGAAAACAAAAACGAUAAUGAAAAUUCAUUAUCAAAUGACAAAACUAAAACUUCAAAUGAAGAUGAAGGAACCAACGAUAAUUCAACAGAAGAAGCUACAGCAGAAGCAGUUGGGAACGUCGUGUAUUCUCCAGUCAUAACAGUGAUCAAAGAGGAGACGACGCUGACGAAGGGAGACCUGAAGAUGCAGAGGGUGGUAGUCUCCGAAGACAUCUCGGAUGUUACAACGGUGAGAAAAUUAACAACCGCAGAACAGGGCGAGCCGGGUGACGCACAUAGUGUCAUACAUAGCGAAGUGCUGGCUGUGGCGAUGAGGACAGACAAACAGACAGGAGACGGUGAACAGGAACUAACUAAAGGUGAACACAGCAAGGAUUUGAAGAAGACUCAAACAAAAAUACCGAAGCUAAGGUUGAAGCAGGUCGUAGAGAGAAUAAGGAAAGAGAAAGAAGAAAAACUUAAACAGGAAGAAAACAAGAUACCCACAGGAAAGCAACUGCAUUCAUCUAUUCCGAAGCUAAAGGAUGUAAAAACCCCGCCACAAAAAGUAGAUUUGCCAAAAAUAUAUGAUAUAAAUACCCCGCUACAAAACAACCAAAACAAUUUUAUAGAAAACAAGACAUCAGAAGAUGUAGAGUCUCCAAGAAUAGAUGAUGAAUUUGACAAAAUAUACGAAGAAAUUAUAGAAAAUGAAACUUUGAAUAACGUGCCGUCACCAGAAAAAAUUAGUGAUCCAAUAAAACUAGAAUCAAAAUUUGAAGAAAUUAUACACGCGUACGAUGAGAACAACGUCCAACCGAUUGUUGUCGAGAAACCAAAGAGUAAAAUACCACUACUCAAACGCAGGAGCGAGCAUGAUAUUGUAAUACCGCCGCCAAGUGAUAGAAAAAACUUGCUAAAAAGAUCUAAUACAGAAGAUUUCAAGGGUAAGAUACUUGUAUCAGUAUCAAAAGAAAUACUUUUGAAACCCAAUAUUGAAACUGAUAAAAGUAACAUCGAUACUACUAAAACAAAUGUAAGUAACACAUGCGUUCAUUCCGACGUUCUUUCCACAAACAGUGAUGAGUCCCAAUCUAGCAACACUAUUGAAGUCAAAACAAUAACUAAACAAAUGAGUGUCGAAACAAAUAAAGUUAACAUAACCGCAUCAACAGACAACGUUGUUAUGAAACCAGUAACUACGACGAAUGAUGUUUCUUAUUUUGAAACUGAUAAAACUGAAAAUAUUUGUACAACUAAAAUAAAUGAACCAAAUAUUGGCAUUCAUUCUGACAUCCUUUCAAACAAGAAUGUUGAAAAAAACAAAACUUCAGUAAAAACAGUAACAACACAAACAAGUAUAGAAAUAAAAAAACUCGAGCCUGGGGCCAGUGCAAAUAUUACAAAAUUAGAAAACUUUGAUGAUGUCAAUAAAACAUGUUCAAGACGCGAAAUUGCUGUUGAAAGUUUAGCAACUAUCGCAAAUGCAGAUGUUAGUACACACAAGACUUUAGACACAAACUCUAAUAUUUAUUCUAAUAUUUUAUCAGUAAAGAAUGUUGAAUCACUUGAUAGCUUUGACACAAGUAAAAUUAAAACAGUGACUACACAAACCAGUAUAGAAAUAAAUAAACUUGAUGUAAUAGCGACAUCAAAAAAGAUUGUUACAAAAUCAGAAAAAACAAGUGAUAACUUAAAAGAUAUGACAAAAUGCAAAAUUCCUGUUGCGCUUAAUUCAAAAGAAAAUAGAGCAACGAAAAUAAACUCCGUGACUAUAAACAAACAUCCGACAAAGAUUAAUAUUACAGAGAAUAUAUUUAACCAGACUACGUCUAAUAAAACUGAAGAGGGUACAGACAAAAAAGUGCAACAAUCUCUGCCCCAUAGUGUGACACACGAAAUUAAAUCUGCUACACUUCUCCUUCAGUCAGAUAAACUUUACAAACGAGAAAGUCAAAUUCCAGGAUCUCCAGAAAUUGAUAAACAGAUAGGAACAAAACAAUCUUACCUGUUACAAGAAAGCAAGACCUCUGAAAACACUAAAAACGUAAAGGCAAUUGAAAAUUUAAUUCACGAUAUGCCUACUAUACCAAGGACAAUAACAAAAUAUGAAAAGGAAACCGAUGUAGCAAAAAAAGAUGUAGAUGUAUUACAAAAUAUAUCGAGUCCUAAAAAAAGUGAAUAUAAUACCAUUAAAUCUCAUAGUAAUGUUUCUCAGUUAAAAGAAAACAAAGAUUAUAAUGUACCAGCACCAAAAGAAAUUGUGUCAACCACACAGAGUUUAAUAAAGAAAAUAGACACUGGCAGUAUGUGUGUGUCGACCAAAGCUAAUCCUAUUAAAAUAACAGAUAUAAGAGUACACCCAACACAAAAUGAAAAUAGAUAUCCCACGAGUCCAACAUCUGAUAAUAUUAGUAAUAGUAAAAAGAUUAUUAACAAAGACACGGUUGUAAUCAAAACAAAGGAAAAGGAAAUAAAAGCAGAACAAAAAUCAACCAAUUCAAUAGUCAAAGAACCUAAGUUUUCCGUACAAUAUUUUAGAAAUAAAAAUGAAACCGAAGAUAAACCAGAUGAUAACAAAUUUGAAGCAGAUAUUAAUAACAAGGUCAAAUUAAAUCCUGAAACUACUGUAAAUGAUACCAAGCCACAAACAGAUACUAGAACUAUUAUAGAUGAUAAAUCACAAACAGAAAGUUUAUAUACUGAAACUAAAAACAAAUGGAUGAAGAUUGCAUCUGAUUCGAAUCAUAGACCAUGUGACACACAGACUCCUGGUACUAUCCCAGCUACAAAAGAUUUAGAAAAAGAAAAGAAUAUCAAAUCAGAAGACUCGUCCUCCAUAAGUACAAAUAUAGAAGAUAAAGAAGAAGAAGAUAUCAUUCUUCUAAAAGGGAAAGUCAGCAGAGUAAUAAGUCGAUUGGAUUCGAAAGAUCACAGAACAGUGAAGAAAGAAGUAGAUGACUUGCCGACAGAAGUUUCUGUGAUUUCCAAAAUUGCUCUGUUUGAAAGAAAUGAGUCAACAGAUACGGUGUCGAAAAACGAAUUAAAUAUAACGAACUCAGAAGCUGCUACACAAAACGUAGCAAACGAUAAGCCGAAGGUAGUCAAUGAGAUUCUAAAGACAGAUAUUAACCAGAACGCAGUAGAACAACCUGAAACUGCAAGUGUUACAGACAUACCACAGAAUACAGCAAAUAAUUUAAACUCAAACAAAGCGAAUGUGAUGGAAACGAGGCGUGUGUUUAAAACAGUUAACAGUAUAAAUGAAGGAAAACCUCUGCGACGGACACAAUCUAGUUUUCCCGCUGGAGAAAAUUAUGUUCUUGCUGGGAAAGACGACGAACCGUCAUGUUUAGAAAUAUGGAAGGAAUAUAGAAGACAAAAGGAGCUAGAGCUGGAGCUGCGGCGUGCCUGGUCUCUCGCGGAGCUGGAGGGUGAGGAGACCAGGGGUCGCGUGCGGCGGCUGGCGGCGCAGCUCAGUGCGGGGGGCGAGCGGGCGGGGCGCUCGGUAGACAGGGCGGGCGGAGGCGUCCCUGGUUCCGUGUCGCAGAGGAUCGCCUUGUACGAGGUAUUUCUGGGUUAA